UUCAUUCAGGCAGGAUAAAGACAGGCCGGGGUCCUUUAACGUCGUCAUGUUUACAAAGGUACCAGGAAGUGAAAGACAACAUACAAAAUGCCACAGAGCUCGCAAAACACAGAUUCUCCUCUUUUUGGGGAAGAAGACGACAAAAGAAAGAGCAAACUCAGACAUCCAGUGGUCUCCUUCCUGCACCUCUUCUUCCGAACAAGUGCCAUCUUUGUCUACUUAAUGUGUGACUUCUUCCGCGGUCACUUUAUUGCCUCCAUGGUCACUAUCAUUCUCCUGCUAUCCUGUGAUUUCUGGACAGUCAAGAAUGUAUCGGGCAGAUUGCUCGUAGGCCUUCGGUGGUGGAAUCGCGUGGAUGAGGAUGGAACAAGCCACUGGGUGUUUGAGGCUAAGAAGGAAGGCGGUCUGGACGUGACUGAGUCACAGGUCUUCUGGCUCGGCCUCAUUAUUUUCCCCAUCCUUUGGGCCGUCUUUGUGUUUAGCCUCAUCUUUUCUUUUCAGAUCAAAUGGCUGGCUGUUGCAAUUAUGGGUUUGGUGUUGCAGUCCGCCAAUCUAUACGGCUACGUCAGAUGCAAAGUGCGAGGGAAGUCGGGCUUCAGCACCAUAGCACAGAACUACCUCGGUGCGCAACUUUUUAAACAGGCUUUGAUGAAAACAUAAGAGGUCAAAGAAGACAGAUGACAACAAUAUUCAGUGUAAUGGAUGCACACAUGCAGAAAGAUUAUUUGGGAUGUAGGUGUUAUUUUUAGGCUGCUCUACACAUAUUUUCACCUUGAACUUGGACAAUAUUUUUAUUUGGUUGGAUGGACUUUUAUCUUAGCUUUAAAAGCACCUUUAUGCAGUUGGGCAAGAAAAAGGCUACUUUUCACAUACAAUUAUACAACACAACUGACACAUUACAUUGAUUUAUUUUCUACUAGUAGUGAGGUGAAUAAUUCUAUUUGUUUUUCCAAUAUCUAAGCCAAAUAAGUGGACGUGUUGAUGAAAGUCACAUAUUUCUGCAUUAUUUACAAUUUCCAUAAUAAACAGGAAACCAGUAUGCAUGA